CUAUUAUUGAUACAAGUACACACUUUCUGAUGAUUUCAUUAAGACGGCAGAAUGGAGCGUGACGUGGCUGAGACUGACCAUAUUAUGUUCAUGCUUAUUGAGCACUGCAAGGGUAUUGAGGACUUGCUGGACACAGUAUUUGAAUUUUUGGGUCGCCGCAGCGACUUCUUUGAUUAUGGCGUGGACGAUGACCCUAACCAGCACUUGGAGAAGUGUGUUAAGUUGGUCAUGCGUCGCUGCCGCAAGGCAGGCGCUGAGGCCAUGGAGUCUAAGCGUGAGAUGUUUGAGGAGCGCAAGCGCGAGGCUGAGGAGAAGCGCAAGUUAGCUGAGGCUCGUAUUGCUGGCCAGGGUGCUUCUAAUGUGAUUGAUGCAACGUCAUGUGAUGACGAUGAGAUCAUUGAGGUACCCCGUGGUCAAGAUUCUGUGGAGACCGUAGAGGAGCCAGUUGAGCAGGUUGACGCGAAUGCACCUCCUGCCGGUAAUGGAGGUACUACCAAGUGGUACGUCUGGACGCAGACCUUGAUUGGCGUUGACUUAUCGGUGCCCCUGCCUCCGGGCACCGUGAGUCGCAACGUCAAGGUCGAGAUUACUCCCAACAGGCUUGCUGUAUUUUUGAAGGGCAAUGAAUUGUUUUCUGGUGAGCUCCAUGACACCGUUAAGAGCGAUGACUGUUACUGGACUCUUGCUGAUGGCAAUACAUUGCAGAUAACAUUGGAGAAGCGUAACCGUAACCAGUGGUGGUCUCGUGUUAUUAAGGGUCACCCUGAGAUUGACGUGCAGAAGAUAGUCCCUGAGAAUUCUUCGUUGAGUGAUCUUGAUCCUGAGACUAGGCAAACCGUUGAGAAGAUGAUGUUUGAGCAGAGUAUGCGUGAGAUGGGUAUUCCCAUAGAUGCGCUUUCAUCUCAGUUGGAGAUGCUUGAGAAGUUCCGUGCGGAUCACCCUGAGAUGGACUUUUCCAAUGCCAACGUCAACGUCGGUUAAUGAGGGUAUCCAGCACUAAAAACCCAUCC